AUGUCAGACCAGCGUAAAGAUUCCAAAGCUGACCAAUCGUCACCCACCUCAGAAAGCCAUGUCAUCGUCUGCCCCACAAUAGGGCCUGUUAAAGUUCACGUAGAGUUGCAGAGAGUAUAUAUACUGUUGCAAAGAGUAUCUAUACGGUUGCAGAAAGUAUUAUACUGUUGUGAAGAGUAUUUAUACAGUUGCAGGGAGUAUAUAUACGGUUGCAGAGAAUAUCCAUACUGUUGCAUAAAGUGUCUAUACUGUUGCAGAGACCAAAGUGCAGACUCACAAAUUAUUUCCACACACACUCACACACGUUUACAAGUGCUUUCACGUGAGGCACAUGCUCAAGACAAAUGA